GACAGACACACACACAGACAGACACACAGAGAGACAGACACACAGAGAGACACACAGAGAGAUGCUGAAGAUGGAACUACAGAGAUGCUCAGUCCCUGUCCUACUACUACUUCUGGCUCUGGUUCGGUGCAGCACGCAGAGUAAAAUCCAAAUCGUUCCGUCACGAGGGCAGAUAUACUUGGGAGAAAGCCAGACUUUCCUGUGCAAAGCCAACGGCGAGGGCACCAUGAAGUGGCUGAGCCAGAGUGAUGAAGAGAUAGAGUCCGAGGAAGGACGAUAUGAGACAAAAGUGAUAGACGAGAGCACCCUCAGCAUCGCGGUCACUGCCGACACCCCGGAGCAGAAAGUCAUCCGGUGCCACAUGGAAUUCGACUCUGGCGAGACGGAGGAGACAAAAAUCGUCUUGACAAUCAUUGAAAAGCCACAAUUUGUAGGUGACCUGGAGAAGCAGAAAACAUUUUCAACCGGUUCCUCAGUCCAGAUUCCAUGUCAGGCAAAGGGAAUUCCCCCUCCCAAAAUCUCCUGGAUUCGUAAUGGUGCAGAUGUGUCAGGUUCCCAAGGACGUGUCUCUAUCAGCGCCGAUGGGACGUUACACAUAGACAAUAUUGGGCUGCCAGAUGCCGGGAUAUACACCUGCCGUGCGUGGAUCGCAGAACGCAGAGAGGAGGCUCGCAGGGACGUCUCAGUCAUAGUGAAUGCUCCUCCAACUGUCGGCUUCCAGAAUUCUGCUUUAGACGCCAACGCAAAAUCUGACGCCAACCUGACCUGCUUUGUGACUGGACAUCCCCAGCCAAAAGUCACCUGGACAAGAGGGUCGGAGCCUGUGACCAGUGAUGGGCAGAAAUACGUCCUCAGCGCCAAUGGGCAGGAGCUGGCAAUCCUACAGCUGGAUGAGGCCGAUAGCGGGGAAUAUACCUGCAGUGCCGGAAACGUAUUUGGGCACAGCAACGCCACUUUGGUUCUGCGAGUGACUGACCCCGAGGCGCAGACCCUGGGAAGAGGGGUGCUCAUUGGGAUUGUGUUGCUGCUCAUCUUGGUGCUACUUCUCGCCGUCGACUUAACCUGCUAUCGAACGAAGCGCAAAGGUUUCCUCAUGUUCCUGUCCAACAAGGUGCUAAGAAACCGAAUCCCACAGGUCAAGCUGCAGGAGUAUGAAACGAAGGGAUCAGCUGAGAAGACCCACGUGGUGAAAAUCUUAGACGCCUGAUCCAAUCAGACCAAACAAGAAAGACGUUGUAGCCAAUGGAAAAGGGUGUAAAGAUAAUGAGAAGAUCCCUACACAGACUCUGCCAGGCCCCCGGGCAUCCUCCGCGUGGUUAAAUAGUUCCUAAAUCACAGUAUUUGUUCUUAUUGUGAAGAUAUAUAAGAAGGUUUUAUCAUGUAUUUAUUAUCCAUAAAAAUGAAUAGAAAAAAAAUAUGAGGCUAUAGCAUUGCAGCCAAAGAAAACUCCUCCUCCUCUUACUUUUGAGGCGGAGCUUCCACAUUGCUUGCUGCACCAUAAAGUACACGGGGGGGAUAAAUCCUUAUACUGAGGCCCAUAGAGGAUGAAGCCAACAAUAUGGCAUCCCUUACCCAGUUUUCAUUGAUAUUUAUUGAUAUUUAAUAAAUGAGCUACCCCCGAUAAUGUGCAUACCCUGUAUAUUAACAAUGAUCACAUGUUCAACAAAGGCAAAAUCAAACCCCUCCCAGCUCUGGCUUGAGAUUUACCAUUGCCCAGAGGUAGGGUGGGCACAUGAGAGAUUGGGGGGGCUAAUGCCCUUUGAAGGCUAUUGGGGGCCACUGACGUCCAGUUCAACAAGACAAAGCUGUACAGGGCUAAAGAACAUGUAGGAAGUUAUCGGGAUCUUUGCUGGUUGGAUUAAGACAAAAUAGGAGGGUCCUGGGCAUGGUACAUACAUGGGGGAUAUGUUAAUAAAAGGCACUACAUUUGCCCAGGAGCAGUAACCCAUAGCGACCAAUCAGCAGGUACCGUUUACUGGUCAC